ACCGGAAAUGGAGGGAGCGGGACAAGCCAUAACGCGUGACGUAGCCGGUUUUGUUUGUUUCCUUCGCGGACCCCUGCUUCGUCCUUUUCUCAACUCCACACAUCCUCUUCAAUCAGGAUGUGAAUGUCUUGUGGUUGACAGUACGUAGACGCCUUUCGCAACCAGGUAAGCUGUCGCAAUGGCAACAAAGGGAUGUAGAAGCCUGCACGCAGCCUAGCUCGCCGCCCUUCCUCUGUGGUGAUCAUGACGCUGCGUACAAUCAGCAGAGAAGUAUUUCACGUCAAGCAUACAGAUCAUUCGUGAAUAUCCUGAACGACUCCCACGAGCAUGACCAUCAUGCAGACCGAUACCAAACAGGAAGCUCUGAAAGAACCGACCUCUACGGAAGGAGACUCAUCAUCCAUCGUGGAGUCCGCGUCGGAGAUCUCAACAGUGAUCCACGAGCAUGAAUCAUUCGAAACCUUCCAGCACAAGGUGUAUGCCCUAGGCACUGAACUCGGAUUACACUUCAAAGACGUUACAAGGAUCGAUGGAGGCUACAACAAUCGUAUCAUCGCUGUUACGAUUCAAGACUUCCCAAGCAAAGCAGGAAUCCAAGACACCCAAGCUAUCUUGCGGAUACCACGUGGUGAUAGGGAACUUGACGCUGAUGGUGACAUAGUACCUGUCGUCAUAACAAGCGAUCCCAGGAUCUUGGAUGAUGCGGCUGUCCUUCAUCUUCUUGCAGGGCGCGUCCCCAAGGUUGCAGAGGUGCUUGGAUUCGAUAGUACGCUUGACAAUGCUAUAGGCUUUCCCUAUACCCUGUACACCCGAAUUUCUGGUGUUAAUCUGGCAUCUGUCCUGGACGAGAUACCUAUGGAAGAUAUGGCUGUCAUCGCGUCAGAAUUGGCUGAAUUCUACACAAGGUUGCAGGAUAUCAAGUUCCCUGUCUCUGGCAGACUUCUCCACGAUGAUGAUAAGGAGCCUCUUCUUACAAAACUACCGCCGGGACCAUCAGAACGCGUUGAGGCUACGAUGGAAGUGGCUGUACGCGGCUUUCUCCAGAAUAGCGGCUGGGACGAUGAGAGAGAUGGCCCUACCAUUCCAGUCACAUCUUCCUUGUACAAGCAGUUUGAAGUUGGUAUUAAGCAUGCACUUCGACCUCAUGAAGGAUACAAGCCUGGGGAAUAUGACUUCCAUGCAGAAUUCCGCGACAAACUCAACAGUAUGCUCCAAGAAAUGAAGAGCAUGGGGUGGUUCGACGCUGAUGAGACAACCACCACUGACAGUGUGCUUCAUCACUGGGGCUGCAUGCCUCGAAACAUUACGGUCGAACAGCGUGAAGAUUCCUCUUGGCACCUCACCGGUAUCGUUGAUUGGGACGAGAUUGACUGCUUACCACCUGUCCUGACACGCAGGCCCCCCUUCUGGCUUUGGGAUCGGCUCGAUGAUGAUUUACUGCCCGAAGAGAUGCAAAGAUACAAGGACGACGACUUCGACUUUUUCCCUUCCGAGGUUAACUCUAAGCAGUUGACCGCCGCAGGCGCGAAUAUCAAGGAAGUCUUCGAAAAAGCCAUAAUUAUGAAAUGCUCCUGAAGUUAUUGAGGAAUCUGGAUAAACAUCGUACUUUCAUACUCGUACAUCGUCUCGU